AUGUUCGUUGACAGGGAGAGGAUUCCUUCUGCUUCCAUCACGACGACCGGCCACUCCAAUAUUUACCUCCAGCUGCUGAGUGGAUUCCAUAAACUUGAUCAGAUUCACGCGAUCGACGAGGGAUUUGACAGCAGAUGGAGAUAUGCAUUGGUUAUGGCUGAGCACGACUACAAAAAUGACGAGAUAGAGCUACUGUCUGGGCUCCAAGAUUUACACACCGUAGACGGAUAUCUGGGAGGGGUUAACAAUGGGCGAGGCAUGGGUGUGUACCUCGCUUGGCUUCUCCCAUUUCCCAUGCGCUCGUUCAUCCCGAUAGACCCCCACCACCAUCAAACCCUUCGAGCACUCCUGAACGACAUUGAGCCCCAGGUUGAUCCCGCAGAAGAAGAAGAUGGCCCGGAAGAGUACUUUGCCUGGUUUUCGGAUGAGGAGGAGGUCGCAGGAGGAGAUGAAUGGUAG